AUGCCACCGGAGAAACGGAUGUCAAACUGGGUGUACCGGCACAUCCCGGCCCGCUUUGUCUUCGUAUUGUUCAGUUUCUUUGGCUUCGUGUUGGCCUACGCUUACAAAGUGGUGUUAAGUGUGGCCAUUGUCUCAAUGGUGGGCCAACAGGAGAGUGAGAACUCGACACGACUGGCCGACAUGUGUUGGACGAACUCGUCGGCCAAUUCGCGGAGUCGUGUAAAAUCGGGUGAAUUCUCCGAUUGGGAUGAUGACACUCAGGCACUGAUUUUAGGCGCUUUCUUCUACGGCUAUAUUGUGACACAACUGCCCGCCGGAAAUCUGGCAGAAAAAUACGGCGGGAAAUGGAUUUUUGGCGGAAGUAUAUUCAUAGCGGCACUCCUCUCACUUAUAGGUCCUGUGGCCGCACGCGUCAGUUACAUAGCCUUUAUAGCUACGCGUAUUGGACAGGGAUUGGCGUUGGGGGCACUGUUUCCCUGUAUGAAUGCCAUGAUAUCGCGAUGGAUGCCUAAAAUGGAGAGAAGUCGCGGCUCUACUAUUAUAUUCACGGGAUCCCCCAUCGGCACCGUCAUUACACUACCUCUGGCCGGAGUCCUGUGCGACACAACCUUUCUUGAGGGAUGGCCUUCAAUAUUCUAUGUGUUAGGAAUAGCCGGUUGUGUUUGGUUUGCUCUCUGGGCUCUUCUCGUUCACGAAAGUCCUGAUUCCCAUCCGUUUAUAACCCAAGAAGAGUACGAUUACAUCACAGCAGAUAUGCCACCACAAGACAAAUCACAAUCAAAGGAGAAAGUGACCCCGUGGAAAGAUAUUUGGACAUCGGUUCCAGUCUAUGCUCUAAUAGUGACACAUUUUGGACAGAAUUGGGGUUUUCUUACAAUUCUGACACUUUUGCCCACAUAUUUCGAAAAAGUUUUAAGACUUGACAUCAAAAAUAAUGCAGUCAUGUCUUCACUGCCAUAUCUAUUACAGGCAACCAUUGCAUGGAUCGCAUCCUUUAUUAGCGAUAAAGUCCGACAAAGAGAGAUCAUUGGAAUCAAUGUUAUUCGCAAAACUAAUAACACAAUUGCAUUCAUAGGGCCGGCCAUAUGUUUAUGUGGGGUCGUACUGGCCCGCUGUAACACUACGUUGAGCAUCGCAUUGUUCAUACUGGGAAUGGGUCUCAAUGGGUGCAAUUAUCCUGGAUUUAAUUCAACUCAUGUAGACAUGGCACCCGAUUACGCGGGUACUCUCAUGGGUAUCACAAACAGUAUCGGAAAUAUUCCCGGAUUUGUCGCCCCAUUAGUUGCCGCCGCCUUCUAUGACGACGGGCACACUCUCCACAACUGGUCGUAUGUCUUCUACAUAUCUGCGGCCGUAUAUGUGUUCACAUCAUUGGUGUACAUAUUGUUCGCUUCGGCAGAGUUGCAGAGUUGGGGCAGAUCUGCAAACACAGAGACAUCGUAUUUGAAUGACAAGAAAAUUCAGAGAAAAAUCUAUACAGUCGACGAUAUCGUUGAUUACUAA